AUGGAUCCCGAAGACCCAUACUCCCUUCGAGCAUCAAAGCGAGAAGACGGCGACAACAAUAAACGAAGGUCCAUCUUGAAGGUGCCAUCCCACGGCAAGGCCAGGAGGGUCAAGAAGUACUACAAUCGGCAAAAUGCACUCAUCGAUGCCUACCUCAAAAGUGGUGAAGAAGAAGCCGCUGAGGUUGAAGAUACCCUCCAAAAUGGCUGGAAGGUCAAGCUCGCCGUCAAUGGAAGCUUUUCUGUCAACUUCUUCCUCUUCAUCAUACAGAUAUAUGCUGCCGUCUCGACAGGCUCGCUGUCGCUGUUUGGUACUGCCGCCGAUGCUUUCAUGGACCUCGUGAGCUCGAUCGUAAUGCUUAUUACAUCGAGACUUGCAGCAAAGCCUAACAUUAGAAAAUUCCCUGUGGGGCGCAAGCGUGUUGAGACAGUGGGGAUUAUCCUCUUCUGCGCAUUAAUGACAACAGUGGCUGCAGAGCUGAUAAUUGAGUCUGCCCGCGCCUUGGCUGCAGGGCCAAAGAACGAAGAUGACUUAAAGCUAAUACCCCUCCUCUUCGUCGGCAUUGCCAUCUUCUCAAAAAGUAUUAUGUUCGUCUACUGCUUCCUCAUCCGCCGCUACCCAGCAGGAGGCAUAUUCAUGCUUGACCACCGAAAUGAUAUUUUCGUCAACGUCUUCGGACUGAUCAUGUCCAUCAUCGGAACAAAAUUCAAGAAAGUCUGGUUCCUUGACCCGAUCGGCGCCAUCUGCAUCGCUUGCUUAAUUCUCUUCUCGUGGGCCUCGACGGCUUUCGAGCACAUGUGGUUCUUGGUUGGCAAAAGUGCUCCGCAAGACUUCUUGAACAAGUUGGUCUAUGUCUCUGUUACUCAUGAUUCGAGGAUCCAGAAGAUUGACACUGCUCGAGCAUACCAUGCCGGCGAUAAGUAUUACGUCGAAGUUGAUAUUAUCAUGGGACAAGAAGAAAAGUUGAAAGUGACACAUGAUGUAGCGGAGAGAUUGCAGAGGAAGCUUGAAGGACUGGCCGAUGUCGAGCGAGCAUUUGUGCACGUCGACUACGACGAAAUUCAUGAUGUCUCGGAGGAACAUAAGCCAUUGUAUGAGCCUGAAGAACCGAAGGCACCGCUGGUGGAAAGAGUGCGGGAGAAAUUGAGGUUCAAAAGCAGAAUAGAAGCAGUUUCAAGUGUAUAA